AUUCACAAUUAAUUUUAGUGAGUCCUUUCUUUCUUCUUCUAUCAAAUUCCACUUUCCCUCUUCGCAUUCAUUCUCUCUCUCUCUCUCUCCCUAUUUGUCUUCAACGUUCAACCCUUCUUCUCCAAUCGAGCGAGCAAUUAUCCAGUGCUGGAAUGGAGUGGGGUUUUGAGUUGUUUAAUCGAGAACUGCUCUGCUGAUCUGAUCUGGUUUGUCUGGGGAAACACAGACAAAGAUCCAAGAGCUUUCUCCCCAUUGUUGUUGUACUAAUUCAAAUCUCACCAUAGCCUCGCCUCCCUCCUUUUGCAAUUGUGUACUUUAGAUUUACGGGAAAUCCAAGACCCCACCAUUUUCGUUUUUGUUUUUGUUUUUGUUUUUGUUUUUGUUUUCUCCUCCUCCCUCCAGUCAUUCAUUCUUUAUCGUGAAGCUUGCUCCUCGCUUGCUUUCCUGCAAUCGUCGACAGGGCUGACCGUUUCCUCCAAAUUCGAUUCAAGUCAACAAUCAAAUAAAUGCCUCCAAUUUCAAUCCCUAGGUUGGCUCCUCUCUAAAUCGAACAAACCCUAUCCAAAAGAAAUGAUGUACGGAAUGAUGAGUGGGGCUCAGAGCAAGAAGGACAUGGCGAUGGAGUACCAAUCCCAAAUCCCCAUCCUCCGGCCGAGCAUCCAUAGCCGGCGGGCCAACAUGACGGUGAAAUUCCAAGAUCUGUACGGGUUUACGGUGGAGGGUAACGUGGACGACGUGAAUGUGUUGAAUGAGGUUAGGGAAAAAGUGAGGCAGCAGGGCAAAGUUUGGUGGGGUUUGGAGGCAGACAAGGGAUCCAAUUGGUAUCUGGAGGAGGAGCAUGACUCCUCCUCCUCCUCCAAUUCAUCUCCUUCAUCCAGGCUCCUCCUCAAGUCUUCCCUCAAAAUCUCUUCUCUGGUAAAUUCCAUCACUCUCAAGAAGCUCAUAAGGAAAGGCAUUCCUCCCAAUCUCAGGCCCAAGAUUUGGUUCAAUCUCUCUGGCGCAGCCAAGAAGAAGUCCACUGUGCCUGAUAGUUAUUACGCUGAUUUGACUGCUGCUGUUGUUGGCAAAGUCACUGCUGCUACCAAGCAGAUUGAUCAUGACCUGCCUCGAACUUUCCCUGGCCAUCCGUGGUUGGACACCGCAGAUGGACAUGCAGCUCUACGGCGAGUUCUCGUUGGGUACUCUUUCCGGGACUCGGAUGUUGGCUAUUGUCAGGGUUUGAAUUACGUUGCAGCACUAUUGUUGCUUGUGAUGAACUCUGAAGAAGAGGCUUUCUGGAUGCUUGCAGUUCUCUUGGAAAACGUCUUGGUUAACGAUUGUUACACAAACAACUUGUCCGGAUGCCAUGUCGAACAACGAGUAUUUAAAGAUCUGUUGACUAAAAAGUGCCCGAGGAUUGCGACACAUCUUGAAUCUUUGGACUUUGAUGUUUCUCUCGUGUGCACAGAGUGGUUUUUAUGUCUAUUUUCUAAAAGCUUGCCUUCGGAGACGACAAUGCGGGUGUGGGAUGUGCUCUUCUAUGAAGGGGCAAAGGUCUUAUUUAAUGUAGCAUUGGCAAUUUUUAAGAUGUGUGAACCACAGUUGCUCGUGACACAUCACGUUGGUGAUGUGAUAAGUGUGAUACAAAGAACUACUCGGCACCUCUUCGAACCCGAUGAAUUAUUAACGGCAGCCUUUGACAACAGCGGGUUUAUGAGUAGCACACUUAUAUGGAAGCAACGGAAAAAGCAGGAGCCGGCAGUCAUGGCUGAGCUCGACCAGAGAAUAAGGCGGCUGAACUCUGCAAGCGGCGUGUGACAGGUCAAUCGUACGAAGAAGAAAACGAGAGAAAAAAAAAGAAAAAGAAAAAGAAAACUAAGAAUAAGUUGGAAAAAGAAGCAGCUAAGGCAGCACAAUAGGCAGCACAAUGAGAGAAAGAGAGAGAGAGAGUGGCCCCCUUCUGACAACAUUGUGUUUCAUAAUGUUGUGUACCUAACUAAACUAACAUAGCUGAGAAGGGAAACUUUGCAGAACUUAAUUAAUGUUGUAAGUUGUAAAUGUUUUUAUGUGAUACUCAAUACUUAUGACAUCACAUACAUUUUCCCUCUACUUUCUUUUUAGAAAGGAUGUAUUUUUUACGUUACA